GUCUCCUCCCUUCCGUCUCUUCCGCUUGAAUCCGGGAACUUGGUUGCUUGUUCUCUCUCGUGGAGCUAAGGUCGUAUCGACAACUUGCACCAAUUUUACAGUUCCAUCUGAUUCUCAGAGACAAAAUUUAAACACAAAAAAUGACGACCGAAGCCGAGCUCGCUUGCGUUUAUUCCGCUUUGAUACUCGUCGAUGACGAUAUCGCCGUAACUGGCGAGAAAAUACAAACAAUUCUGAAGGCCGCAAAUGUAAAUGUUGAUUCUUACUGGCCUGGACUUUUUGCUAAGGCUUUAGAGGGCAUAAAUGUUAAGGAACUGAUCACCAAUAUCGGAUCCGGUGUUGGAGCUGCAUCUGCAGGAGCAGCUCCUGCUGCUGCAGCACCUGCCAGCACUGAGACUGCCCCAGCCAAAGAGGAGAAAAAGAAGGAGGAACCAGAAGAAGAGUCAGAUGAUGACAUGGGCUUUGGUUUAUUCGACUAAGCUGAAGGAUCGCGUUGGUCCAUACUUUUUAUAUAUGUACAGUUACAUUGUACAAUAAACGAUAAAACCCAA